CCCACCACCAGUGGUAAAAACAACAACAACAACACACACACAGCAGCAGCAACAGAACAGCAAACAACAACAAUAACACUGAUGCCUUAGCGCUUGCGUAUUUUGUUGAUAUUUGCAAGCCACGCGAGACGAGAAGAGAUGCUGCGCCUACUCGUGUCCAAUUGCGGCCGCAGCAGCGAUUUGCUCAGCCGCCACCUGCUGCAGCCCUCGCAGCAGCCACUGCCACGCCUCCAGAAUGCCGCCCGCCUGAUGCGACAACAUCUGCGCGGCACGAACGCCAAAGGAGCACCACCUUGUCCGCCCGCACCAGCGCUUCCGCCCACAAAUGCCAGCCGCCUGCUGCACACGACACGCCUACUUCUGUGGGGCGGCGGCAGUCUAUCGCUCGGCCUGGGCGCCCGCUCCUGGUGGGCGGGGCGCGGCGGGAUCGUCCAUUGCGAGGGCAGCCGACUGGCCAUUCGCAAGGAGUUGGAGGAGGAGGACCCAGCGGACGAGCAGCGAUUCGACUGGCAACGAUUGUGGGCCUACCUGGAGCCACAUCUCUGGGAGCUCAUCGGGGCCAUUUGCGCCGCCCUGAUAGUGGCUUAUAUCAACAUUCGCAUCCCGAACCUGCUGGGCGACCUGGUCAACACACUGGCAAGAUAUGCCAACACGUACGUGACGGAUCCGAUCAACAACUCGUUUGUGAAGGACGUGAGCAAACCGGCCGGCAAUCUGCUGAGCCUGUACAUGCUGCAGUCGGGCUUCACCUUCAUGUACAUCUACCUACUGAGCCGUGUCGGCGAGCAGAUGGCGGCCAAGAUGCGGCAGGAUUUGUUCACACAGAUCGUCGUCCAGGACAUUGCCUUCUUCGAUGAGAAUCGAACGGGUGAGCUGGUCAAUCGACUCACAGCCGAUGUGCAGGACUUUAAGACCUCGUUCAAGCAAUUCGUGGCCCAGGGAUUGCGAAGUGCUGCCCAGUUGAUUGGUGGCAGCAUAUCGCUCUUCAUGAUUUCACCUCACAUGGCUGCCAUUGCGCUGGCCAGUGUGCCGUGUGUGGUGAUGUUCAUGUCGUAUUUGGGCAAAAAACUGCGCUCGCUCAGCAAGAGUUCACAGGCCCAAGCGGAACGAGCGACGGGAGUUUGCGAGGAGGCAUUGUCCAACAUCCGGACGGUGAGAUCCAGUGCCUGUGAAUACCGCGAAAUGCAGCUAUUCGAGGCGGAGACCAAUGAGGCGGCUCGUCUGGCGCAGGAACUCGGCUAUGGCAUCGCCAUCUUCCAGGGUCUCACCAAUUUCUUCCUCAACACACUAGUCCUAUCCACGCUAUUCAUGGGCGGUCACCUCAUGUCCACGGAAAGCCUGUCGCCGGGUGCCCUGAUGGCCUUCCUGGUUGCCUCGCAGGGUGUGCAACGAUCCCUGGCCCAGGGAUCCAUCCUGCUGGGCACCAUGAUCCGCGGCAUGACGGCUGGCAGUCGGGUGUUCGAGUUCCUCUCGCUGCAGCCGCAGGUGGAGCUGCUGCGCGGCUAUGUUAUACCGCAGGAGCGUCUACAUGGCGAAAUACGCUUUGAGAACGUCUCCUUCGCAUAUCCCAUGCGGCCCGAUCAUGUGGUGCUCAAGGACUUCAGCCUGACGCUCCGCCCGGGCCAGACGGUGGCCCUGGUGGGAGCCAGUGGAUCGGGCAAGUCGACGAUAGCGUCGCUGGUGGAACGCUUCUACGAACCAUCGGCGGGCAAUAUCAAAUUGGAUGGCUACAAGCUGUCGGACAUCUCGCCCUACUGGCUGCGAGCCAAUGUCCUCGGUUUCAUCGAACAGCAGCCGGUGCUGUUUGGCACAUCGAUAUUGGAGAAUAUCCGAUAUGGCAAACCGGAUGCGGGCGAGGAGGAUGUGUUUGCGGCCUCGCGACUCUCGCAAUCGCACGACUUUGUCACAGCCCUGCCAGAUGGAUAUGCGACGCAUGUGGGCGAAAGGGGCACCCAGUUGAGCGGUGGCCAGCGGCAACGCAUCGCCAUUGCCCGGGCCCUGUUGAAGAACCCGCGCAUCCUCAUCCUGGACGAGGCGACCAGUGCGCUGGAUGCCACCAGCGAGGCGGAGGUGCAGAAGGCACUGGACACAGCGGUGCAAAAUCGAACCACCCUGGUGAUUGCUCAUCGGCUGUCCACGAUACGAAACGCUGACCUCAUCGUCGUCCUCGACCAGGGACGCGUAGUGGAGACCGGCAAACACGACGAACUGAUGGCCAAGCGGGGUCUGUAUUUCGAGCUGGUGCGUCAGCAGGAGCGACGGGAUAUCCAGGAGCAAGUGCAGGCCGUGGAGAACGUGGUGGCCGCCAAGGAGCAGCAGGCAACUGCGGCAGUGAGCAGCAGUUCCGCCGGCAGGACGAACACAGCCCAGGGCUAAGAGAUCGUAGACAAAUUGAUUAUUCCCUGUAAACUUAAAUUAUUAGAACGUUUUGUUUUCACUUUUUUAUUUCCAACUGACCAAAAAACAAUGGUGAGAGACGCUAACGAUAAGUAUACAAUAAAAUAAACGCUGAAGACAGUAUUGUUUUUGUUACAAAA